AUAUAACUCUAUCUCUAUCUUUGAAUUCUUAUCCAAACAAAAGGAUAUGAACUAUCGUUCAUGGGGAGUCCUGAGUUGAAGCUUUUUGGAGCGUGGUUUAGCCCAUUUUCUUUCAGGGUCAAAUUGGCUCUGAAACUUAAGGGGAUCCAAUAUGAAUACGCAGAAGAAGAUCUCCAGAAUAAAAGCCCUGAACUUCUGAAAUACAGCCCAGUUCAUAAGAAGAUCCCUGUGCUUGUUCAUGACGGAAAACCCAUCGUGGAAUCGCUCAUUAUUCUCGAGUACAUCGAUGAAACUUGGAAGCAGAAUCCAUUGUUGCCUGAGGAUCCUUAUGAGAGAGCCAUGGUUCGAUUUUGGGUUACAUUUGCAGAAGAGAAGUUCAUUGAGGCUUUGAGGAGAGCUUUAUUUUCAGAAGGAACAAAACAAGAGAAGGAAGUGAAGCAAAUAGCAGAGGCCCUAGAAAUUCUAGAGAGAGAACUCAAAGGUAAAAAGUUCUUUGGAGGAGAGACAAUUGGAUUUUUAGACAUUGCAUUAAGUUGGGUUCCUGCUUGGUUGGGAGUGAUGGAGGAAGUUGCAUCCUUCAAAGUGUUCGACUCCAACAAAUUCCCUUGUUUUAAAGAAUGGAUGGAUAACUUUCAAGAAUUUUCCAUCACCAAAGAGACCUUCCCUCCUAGGGAUGAGUUGCUGGUCUUUUUCCAAAAUUUCCGCCAAUUGAAGCUAGCUUCUACAAAUAGCAACUAAUCUCUCUCUCUCUCUCUCUCCUUUGCAUGUUAAACAAGUUUAAAUGUCUUCCCAAGUACAUCAUACUUGGAUAUUAGGAUUUUGCUAGAUGUGUUAUCUUGAUAUCCUUAUUAAAUUGGUAUAUCUUCCAUUUGUGUUCCCUA